AUGUCAAUACAAUUUUCAUCCGAAGAAGACCAAUAUGCACUCAGUGCAAACAAAAUUACUUCAUCAACCUAUGCAGCGAAUGCUAAUGUUACUAUUGACUAUAUCAAAGUUGGUGGUUGUAAUUCAACAAUUGUAGCUCGAGUUGGUAAGUAUUAUCAAACAAUAAGUUCUUCAUUAAAUCUAAUUUUUUAUGCAGGUGAUUAUUGUGAUCAUGUUGUGACAAUAACAAUUGCAGCAUUGAAUAGUUCGAAUUCUUCAAUUGAUCUAAGUGUUGAAAUUAUCCUACUUGAUAAUUAUACUUCUGUUAUGCAAAUGUCAAAACCUGCAAUAACAUAUGUCGGUGGAAAUUUUCUUAAUUCAGGAAAUCUUUAUCGACCAACAAUUACCUUGAUAUCCCAAUCGACUACAUCUCAAUUUGAUGAUGCUCGUAUUGAUUUCGGAAUAGUUGUCAACAAUGGUCUUGUUGCACCGAAUAAUGAUACAGAAAGUACAAUUACAAUUUCCUUUCGUAGUGUUGUUAUUAGUAAUCCAAGUUAUCAAGUCGAUGGAGCUGCAUAUUGGGUUACUGUUGGCGUUGAAUAUAAUAAUGCUUCAGAAAUAUGGAUUGGUCAAACAUUAUUCAAUUUUUCUAAUAGUUCGAAUGGUGGAUCGGGUUCUUUUACAAUUGGUACUAUCAGUAAUUCAAGUUUACAAAUUCCUCAAGGUUCACCAUUUGCAUUAUCAGUUCCAAUUAAUUAUAAUAAUACAUAUGCAUCAAAUUUUGUUUUUACAAUUACAAAUAAUAAUCCAUCACAAUUAGGACUUUGUUCAGCAUAUGUUCAAAGUGCAUCUGCUGGUUUCGCACAUUUACCAACGUUAGGUUAUGAAAUAUCACAAUCUUUAACAACUUCAUUAACUAAUAAUCAAAUUUCAAUUCGUCUUGGUCAAAUUGUUAAUACACGUAUGUUGAUUGUUUCAUUAGUUUCAAAAUUUAUCACAUUAUUUCUUUUUUCGUUCCUAUUAACAGAAUCCUACAGUGGUACAUCAUCAACUCUUUAUAUAGUUGCUUAUGGACGCAUAUUUAAAACUGAUAGUAGUAGUUCAUAUAUAGCUGGUACAAUGUCUGUUCAAAUAAAUACAACAACAAGUUCACCAGUGACACAAACUUUUACCAUCUAUGCAAUACCAGCUGUUAUAGCUUAUUCUUUAAAUGGUUCGAUACCAACAUUGUCUCUUGUACAACAAACAAAUGUAGUUGGUAUCUAUCAAACAUUACAAUUGACAGUAACAAUGGUUCUUCCGAGUAGUUUUUCUGCACCAGUUCUUAUUGAUUUACAUGGUUCAUUGAAUACAUCAAUACCAAAUUUAAAACCAUGUACAAUUAUAUUUCAAUCAGCUGGUGAAAAUGUUGGUAGUUCAAAUCCUCAAUGUGCUGAUCAAAGUUUAUCAAGAUUCACUUAUACAUCAAGUGAUAAUUCAACUAUUUAUAAUCAAUUAUCAUAUGAUUAUGGUGUUAUGUCUAAUAUGGGUGCACGUUCAACAAUUUAUUCUACUACAGUUAAUACAAUUGUUUUUAAUGCAAUUUUUCAAGUAUUAAAUACAACAGAAAGUGUUGUUUCACCAACUAUUAUUGUCACAUUUGGAAAUAAUACAAUAUGGCUUAGUAGUACUAAUAUAAAUGUCACAACAAUAAAUUAUAAUAUAACAAAUGCAACUCAACCAACUUUCUCAUUAUCCUAUGAAACAAAUAGUACAACUAAUCAAUCAGCUACAAUUUUAGGAAAUACACGUUUAUUUUAUUAUGAUAUAUAUACAAAAGCAAGUGGGAUCUAUACACCAAUGGUAUUAAGAAUAACAACAAAUGAAACAUCAUUGGGUAGUGGAAUACCAGCUGCAAGUAUUUGUCUUGUUAAAAUUUUAUAUGUUGGAUCAAAUCUUCCAUGUCUAAUUCAAACACUUUAUAAUCAAGAUCAAUCACCAUUUAUUACUUAUUCAUCAAGAUAUAAUCAACGUAAAAAUGAUACUGUGAAUAUACAAUUUGGUCCAUUAUGUAAUUAUCAAACGACACAAACUGAUAAUAGUCUUGGUCAAAUUCGUGUUGGUGUUUAUGUCAAAAUUGAAUCAUCAUUAGGUGAUGGACAGAGUACUCAUGUUAGUGUCGAUGUUUAUUAUACACCAUCAAAUCUUUGGAUUGGACAAAUGCCUUUUACAGGAUAUCAAGCAGUUAGUCCACCAAAUGUUGUGGGAACACCUUUAAUUUUUCCAUUUAAUUCAACAACACAAUCAUUCGAUAGAAAUUCAUUAACAAUUGUCAAUUAUGGUUUAAAAAUUCCAGUUGCUUCAGUUGGAACUUAUUCAUCAUUGAAUAGUGCUAUUGUCAAUGAAGUUAAUCAACACACAAGUGUGUGUCGUGUUGAUAUAUCACCAAAUCGUGGUAGAAAUGUUCCAUGUUCAAAUGAUGUAUCAUCAGUAUUUACUUAUAAUUCAAAUGGAUAUUCUUCAAUAGCAACAACAGAUCUUGGAAUGAUUUGUAAUCUAGCUUCGAAUACUUCGACAUUGAAUUCAUCAUUAUCAAUUGAUUCGGAUACAUUAACUAUUCAAGUUUUUCUUCUUGCUACAUUACAAACAAGUUCAACAUUUGAUUUAACUCUAUCAAAUUUAAUACCAUCUGGUCACACAGCAUUAGGAACAUUAACAUCAACAUUUAAUAGUGGUUUAACAAAUAACUUUGGAUAUAUAUCGUCGAUGAAUUCAUUAAAUGCAACAAAUUAUCAACAAUUAAAUGAUACAAACAAUAGUUCAUUUGUUUAUCUUGGUCAAGAUAUAUUAAUACGUACACAAAUUGUACUUACCAAUAAUCUAAGCAGUCAAUCGUGUUAUCCAUUAUUAUUUGAAUUCGGUUUUACACCAUCAAAUAUUGAUGCAGCUUAUUUUACAAAUGCAUUUUUUAUUAAUUCUGGUGACAAUUUAAUGUGUAUGCAAACGAAAGCAACACCAAUUCUUAGCAGUGGUGGUUCAACGAUUUACAAUACUUCAAUGUAUCUCGAUCUUGGUGUAGUAUGUUAUUAUCCAAUUGAUCCUAUGAAUAUAUCAGCAAGCACAUUAAUUAUUCAAAGUAAUGCUCGUGUACCAGUGACAACAACAGUUCCAGUAGGUAAUCAAAUAUCAAUAAAUAUAGCAGCUUUAGUUAAUAAUAAUCAAUCAAGUUUAAAUACAAGUAUUUCAUUAAUUGUAAAAAAUCAUACAACUUAUUCUGGCUUUACAUUAUUUUCAAAUGAUACAGCAAAUAUACUUAUAGCAACAACAAAUUCAACAAUACAAAGUGACAUACGUCAAAUAGUGACAUAUACAUUUAAAAUAUAUUUACCAACAUAUUCUCAAGGACGUUUACAAAUUUUCAUAGCUAGUACACAAAUGUCAAAUAGUGUUACAAUUAAUAUCAUAUCAGCUGAUAUACUUUCAGCUGGUAUUAAUGUUGGAUCAUUUAUGCAUGAAUAUAUACUUGGAAAUAAAUAUCAGUGGAGUUAUUCAUCAAGUGUAUUAGGCUCGAGUUAUCAAGAUACAGCUUAUCUUGAUUUAGGUGUUGUAACAAAUACAGGAACAUCGGCUAUGUUAAAUACAUUUUCAAAUAUAACAGAUAAUUUUAUUGUUGUUCAAGCAAAUGGAUAUUUAACAGAUAGUCCAUUAGCUGAAGAAAAUUCUACAUUUAGCGUUGUUUUAACUGCGAUUUAUGGAGGAAUUAAUGUUUCAAAUUCAUUUUUAAGUGUUGUCUCUAGAAAUGGAACUGAACAACCAAUUAUGUUUAUUAAUCAUACUGAUAUUACUAGUGGAAGCUAUGGAAUAGGAUCAACAUAUAGUGGUAUAAUUCAAUAUGGUCAUGAAAAUAAUUCUAAAGCUGAAUGUAUUAAUGCUCAAAUCAUAAUUUAUUUACCAACAUGGAUAUCAUUCCAAAGUUACAAUUCAACAACUCCAGCAGUAAAUUAUACAAAUGAUAAUAAUUCAUAUGUUCUAUUCAAUUUGGGUACAAUUUUAUUUAAUGAUGUUGGUUCAUUAACAUUUACUCUUAAUAUUGGUACAUCAAAUCAGAUGACUUUAGUUUAUCAAAGAUAUAAUUCACCAAGUAUUACAAUACCUUAUGAAUUGAUCUGUAUGAAACGUUCAAGAGCCAAUGCAACAUAUAAUUCUGCAUCAAAAAUAUUUGCUUUUAAUGAUAUUAUAUCUUUAUCAACAUCAGUAGUAUCUGUUUUAAAUUAUGUAACUUUACUCGAUACAUUAAAUUCUUGCCAAUUUACAACAAGUGUUAUUGGAUCAGAUGCAUCAUUAGUUCGAACAACUGGCUGGCAAACUGGCUAUCGAUCAAACCAAUGGAUGUUAUCUGGUAGUACUUAUGUACAAAUCAAUUUUGGUAAUUUAACAUUAAUUAAUGGAAUACAAUUAACUGUGCCCGCAUCAUUUGCAUCGAUUCUUUUUGUUCAACUCGGUUAUAGUUGGGAUGGAAAUAGUUUUGCUGUAGAUUCAACAAAAUAUUUCGUAAAUGGUAGUUCAUCAUAUAUAUUCCCAUUAUCAAAAUCAUUAUUGAUUCGAUAUUUACGUGUUUAUUUAAUUGAUGUUGUACAACCGAGUGAUUUAUCAAUAAAAACAUCAGGUUUUAUUCUUAAUAUAACUGGUAUAGUUAAUUCAACGAAUGUAACUGUUGCAAAUGUUUGUCCUAGUGUAUCAAACACACUAUCACCACGAACAAUACUUGUGGCACCUCCUGCACAAGUAGGUCUCACCUAUUCCAAUGAUGUAUAUGUUUGUGAUGAAACAAUAACAAGAACAUUGAUUUUAUGCCAUGUACUUUUCAAUGGUAAUAUGUCAACAUUAGCUACAUGGACUGGUAAGCAGUUUCUUUCAUUAGAUCUGAUUGAUUCUUUUUCUUUAGCUUUGAAUACAACUGUAGCAAAUAUUCAGUUAUUUGUAUAUGAUACUGUACAACAAAUACAAUCUUUAUAUGGAUAUGCCCAAGAUGGUGUAUCAAUAGUACGUAGUGAUGAUCGUGGUCUAACAUGGUUUGUAACUGAUUUCGCGGAAUAUUUAAAUGUGACAGCACAAUGUAAUGUAAAUUCAACAGUAUGUACAAUGAGUGAAUCGUAUCCAUUAAUGAAUAGUUCACCGGGUUAUUUACAAUUACAAAAUGGUACUGUACCGUGGACAGCUUCCAUUAAUGGACUUUGGACACAACCAUUAAGUGGAACUUUAGCAUUUGAUUGGUUUGAAUAUUAA